AUGACAACAAAAAAACCUAUCACUUUCGUUACUGGAAACAACAAUAAGCUAAAAGAAGCUCAAGCUAUAUUAGGAGAUAGUAGUAACAUUGUUAGUGCUAAGAUUGAUUUACCUGAAUUACAGGGCGAUGCCAGAGAUAUCGUAAGAGAAAAAUGCCUUUGCGCUGCACGUAAGGUGAAUGGCCCCGUAAUCGUGGAAGACACAUCCUUAUGUUUCAACGCUCUCAACGGCCUCCCUGGUCCGUACAUUAAGUGGUUUCUCGAUAAAAUUGGCCUAUCUGGACUUAUGCAAAUGCUAAGUGGAUUUAGUGACCAUUCUGCAUAUGCGAUGUGUAUUUAUGCGUUCACUCUAUCUGCAGAUGACGAACCAGUGUUAUUUGAGGGUCGCACUAAUGGCAUUAUUGUUCCAGCUAGACCCCAAAGCAAUAAUAAAUCGUUUGGAUGGGAUCCCAUAUUUCAGCCAUGUGAUGAAGAUCAACCAAAAGGAAUCCAGACACCGCUUACUUAUGCAGAAAUGGACAAAGCCGUAAAAAAUACAAUUUCGCAUAGAUUUCGUUCUUUGAACAAACUGAAGGCAUAUCUAAGUGAAAAUGGCAUAUUGGCAUAGCUGUGAAUUAAUUUUCAACGUUCGAACAUUUUAAUUCUGUGCUAUUGACAUGGUGUUUUUCAAAAACCCAGCAAUAGUUUUCAGAAUACUUCCUGUAAAAUGCAUCAAUACUAGAGCUCAAAUAAAUAUGUGACUCUACUAAUACGGAAUAAAUGAUGACAAUUUUGUAACAGGCUUA